AUAUAUAUAUAUAUAUAUAAUCUUCCAACUUAACAUACCUCCAAUUAAUACUUGAUUAUCUUCGCACACUCCACCUGUUUGUCCACCGUCAUCUAUCACUCGCUCCCUGUGUUCCCAGUUCUCCCUGCGAUCCCGUUCAACUCGGUAUACCACUUCGCCUCGUCGAGAUCGUGAGAUACGUUAUUGGGUAACCGCAACCUUGAGGUGCGCUUAAUCGUAGGUAGCCGAGUGCGCGACGGAACGGCGGUACGAGGAGAAAACGCAAGGUUGCUCCGAGCGGACGUCGUCGCAUCGGUAAAACCAUCGAGUCCAAGACCCGAGUCCGAAAAAUGCACUCGUUCCUCGAUCAACUGUCCGCAUUCGUAUUCAUGUAUACGGCCGCGUUCGCUUUCGCCCUCGUUUCAUCAGCACCGUUACUUUGACACGUAUCCUUCGCACGGGAAAAGAAUUAUAUUUGCCUCUGCCUCGUCGAAUGCGAAAUCCACCCUGUUAUCAAGGCUACAGCAAUUCGCUUGUAAUCGAUCGCAACCUUCGCCGUCCUCCUUCGGCGUUCUUUUCAGCGUUGUUAUCCUUUGCCACCGGUGAUCGAUUAAUCGACGCUCACUUUCUCCUUGUUUCCUUUUUCCGUUCUUUCUCUUCGUUCUUUCGUCCUUUGUCUUUCUUCUGUCUUUGCGUUUGUAUCUCGUUCGAAUUAUUGUUCGCCUCGGAGUUUCGAUCACCGCGCACGAUACGUCCCGAAUGCCAGCCAUUCCGAACGAGAAAAAACGACUGUCCGUGAUUUACGUCGAAAUUUCCGGGAAAUGAAUCGACGAAGCGGAGGAUAGUUAGCGAAGCUCGUACUGUUAAUCGGGAGUUACGAUCGACGUCAAGGAUCCUUCUUGUUCGAAGAAAACGACUGAACGUAAAGCACCGGAGAGAAACAGAAUAAAGCGACUCUCUGCCAAGAACAAUGACGUCGAAAGUGGUGAUGAUGACGUUGACGAUGACGAUGCUAAUGAUGGCAAUGAUAACGACGGCAGUAACGUUGAAAUUUAUCUGAAAUCGGGAUAGCACAACUUCCUCAUUAUCGGCCUCACUUAAGGAUAAAUCCAAUGAAUGAUCGUCACAUCGUACGUACGCUAGAGCCAGUGAAAAAGUGAAUUUUACCGAUUACCGAUCUUCUUUGCGUUUAAAACCGACACCGCGAUCGCACUCUCCUCGUCCACGUGCGUGAACGCGUACGUCUCCACGUGCGCACAUGUCUCUGCUUGACCGCACGAACACACGGUUUUCAUUUCCAUCGUCGGAUCCCAUUCAAGCAACGACAACAUGCCAGUGUUCAAUAUAAUAACCCGAAGGUGUAAGGCGGAGGAUCUUCUGGACGAUAUUUUAUCGUUUGAAGCCAAUUCAUUAGGAGAUAGUUUAAAGGACAGCCAAUCAGGAAGCCUGAGCAAUAUUCCAGAAUUGCAGAUCAAGCCUGAACCUCUGUUACUUACCGAGGCGGAGAUACAUGCGCUUGCCAAAGACCGACAAAAAAAGGAUAAUCAUAAUAUGAGUAUUACGAAAUCGUUCGAGAUGUGAGACCGAACAAGGGCACGAUACUCAAGUCGUCGGUCGAGUACAUAAAGUUGUUAAAAAACGAGUUGACAAGGAUGAAGCAGAACGAGCUCAGACACAAGCAACUGGAACAUCAGAAUCGUCGACUCCUUUUACGAGUUCAAGAAUUAGAGUUGCAGGCAAAAGCGCAUGGUUUACCGGUGUCUGACUUUAGUUGGGCCUCGACUUCCGGUAGCAUGUUGAACGCUUUCCCCCGAAAUAAGCUUGAACAACGCAAGAUUCCAGAAUUGGUCACCGAGGAAGCAACGAGCUUAAGUAUGUCGCAACUCGAAGAUCUAAUGGAGGACGAUGGUAACGGUCCUAUCCAUAGUGGCGAUCCUAUGCUUUCCUCACCCCAUCUACCACCGUUAAGUCCAGCACAGGCUGGCUGUCAACAUGCUCUACCAGACGAAGACACUCUUGGUAGUUUGGCCCCCACAACACCGAAUUCCUCCUCCGAUAUGGACAUUGUUGCGUAACAGAGUUUGAGCGAUAAUAGCGUCGCGAAUAUCCGAUUUAUAUAUUUUUAAAUUGACAGGACACUCGAACUUUAUCGUUUAUCGACAUUUCCUUUAUCACAAGGAAAUAACAAAUAG